GUCAAAUAAAAUAACGGUCGUUGUAUUGUGAUUGUCUGGUGGUUUAAUUUGAUUUUAAUUAUUUAAAAAAGUAACAGGUGUAUUAAUGUUGUACUGAAGCUAUUGAUAUCUUUUUAAAAUGUCCAAGGGAUCCGAAAAACGCAAAGCCAACGACAGUGAUUCAGCUGAUAGUGAACAAGAAGAUUUGGAACGAUCUUACGAAGAAGGAGGAAUUCGAUUAGAUGAUAUUUAUAUUCCACCCCCUCCGAGGACAGUAAGAAAUUCUGAUGCUAAUGUUCCUCGUCUGAUAAUAACAAAAAUCGAGAAUCAAUUCUUCAAAAGCUAUGCUGAGAAGCAAGUCAUCGGCCCCCUUCAUAAGUGUUUUAAUGCUGUUGUUGGACCCAACGGUAGUGGCAAGAGUAAUGUAAUUGAUGCAAUGUUAUUUGUGUUUGGUUAUCGAGCCAGUAAGAUAAGGUCAAAGAAAUUGUCUGUUUUACUGCACAAAUCUGAGCACUACAGAAAUGUGGAAUCUUGUACAGUAUCAGUACAUUUUGCUGUUAUCAAAGACAACAUAGAUGAUGAAGAUGCAUAUGAAAUAAUUCCUAACAGUGAAUUUGUGAUAUCACGUACAGCUAAAAUUGAUAAUUCCUCUUAUUAUCAAAUUAACGACCGUCGUGUGCAGUUUAAAGAAGUUGCUACACUUUUAAGGGAGCAUGGUGUUGAUUUAGAUCAUAAUAGGUUUCUGAUAUUGCAGGGAGAAGUUGAGCAAAUAUCAUUAAUGAAACCAAAAUCAGAAAAUGAACAUGAAACUGGUUUGUUGGAAUAUUUGGAAGAUAUUAUAGGCACAUCUCGUUUUAAGAAACCUUUGGUGCAGCUUCAAGAAAGAGAGGAAAUGUUGACAGAACAGAAAUGUGAAAAACUAAAUCGGGUAAAACUGGUAGAAAAUGAACUAAAGGAACUGAAGAAACCAAUGGAAGAAGCCGUUGGAUUUUUAAAAUUGGAAAAUGCAGUAACAUACUCGAAAAGCAUAAUCUACCAAAAAAAUAUCCAAGUUCUAGAAUUAAAAAUUGAAGAAUUGAAUUCAAGUAAAGAAGCAGAAGAAAAAGCUUGCAACGAAGUUGUUGAAAAACUGAACAAACUUCGAAAAUUAAAGGACGAGAAGCAAGAAAUUUUAAACCAAGGGGCAAAAAAAUAUGAGGGUUUGGAGAAACGACGAGACAGUUUAAAAGAGGCCUUUGAAAAAGCAAGUAGCAAAGAUAUGCAGUUGCAAGCCACCAUGCAACAAACCAACCUGAAACGAAAGAAGACCAAAGAACUUCUGGCACAAGAACGCAAAAAAUUACAGGAAUAUGAACAAGCCCCUGAAAAAAAUCUUGAGACGAUAAAAGAAUGUGAAGCAAAGGAAGCAGAACUGUCUGCUAAAAAAGAAAAACUUGAAGCUGAAAAAUUGAAAGUUCUUUCAACUUUACGAGCUGAAACUCAGGACUUACAGGAUCGAAAGGAAGUUCUGCAGGCAGACUUAGUACAGCUGAACAAAGUCGUCGCAGAUACGAAAGAACCGUACACGUUAGCCAAAUCCGAAUUAAAAAUAUACUUAAGUGGCGAAGAAACAGAGUCGAAAAAAUACGAAAACUUGAGAGAACAAUACGAAAAGAGCGAGCAAUUAGUUGAUGAAAGGGCUCGGGCUGUUGCUGAAUUAAAAAAGAAAAUUCCGACGUCAGAAAAGUCUUUACAAAGCGCUAUGGAGGAACUAAACAGGAUCAAGAACCGCGAAACAAAACUAAUCAACAGUUUAAGAAAUAAAAGGGCGGAAGUGGAAGAAAGUAAAUCUGCCAUGCAAGCAUCACGAUCUAAGGGCCGAGUCUUAGACUCCCUCGUUCAGCUGAAGCGAGAAGGAAAAUGUCCUGGAUUAUUUGGACGGCUUGGCGAUCUUGGUGCAAUUGAUGCAGAAUACGACAUCGCAAUAUCGACUGCUUGUGGCCCCCUUGACAACAUAGUCGUGGAUACAGUGGAGACAGCGCAACGGUGCAUUGAAUUUUUAAAGAGCCACGACAUAGGGAGGGCAACAUUUAUUGCCCUUGACAAGCAGGAACAUCUAAGAGAAAGGGCUAUCACAAGAAUUAAAACACCCGAAAAUGUGCCUCGUCUUUACGACCUGGUUCGUGUUCAGGACGAAAGGGUUAAGCCGGCGUUUUACUACGCCCUGAGGGAUACUUUGGUGACCAAAGAUCUGGAACAAGCGACAAGAAUUGCAUAUGGGGCUCAAAGAUUUCGUGUUGUUACUGUCCAAGGGGAUGUAAUCGAAACAUCAGGAACUAUGAGCGGAGGUGGUAGGAAACUGCGCGGAAGAAUGGGACAGUCUAUAAACGUAUCCUCCAACAUAGAUCCAAAGCAAGUGAAAAAAUUGGAAUCAGAAUUGUUAGAACAAGAAAAAGAACUAAGCGAAUUAAGACAGCGACAGGUCACCCUCGAAAGUGAGGUGCAACGAUUGCAACCACAAGUGCGGCAGAUGAAAAUUGACCUGGAAAAGUUUACACUUGAACUAAAGUCUCUUAAGGAGCAACUCCCCCAUUUGGCAAAACAGGUCCAAGUUCAGGAAGCAAAGAUGAAGUCUAGCAAAGCUGACAAGGAACAAGUAAAAAAAUUAACCCAAAUUGUCGAACAAAAGAAACAAGAAUACGAAAAAGCCGUUGCAUCUGCAGAAAAAGUCCAAACGAAAGUGGACAAGUUGACUGCUGAAAUUAAGGAGAAGACCAUCGAUAAAAUGAAGGCAAUGGAUAAAAAGAUUAAAGAGGUCGCCACUCAAAAUGAUAAGUGUAAAAACGAAGUCGUUCGGUUGCGUGUUGCUAUAAAAACUGCACAAAGGAAUGCUGUAAAGUCCAGAGACCAUAUCGUUUCUAUGGAACAAGACAUCAAAAAUGCAGAAAACUCCUUGAAAGAAAUGAAAGCCCAAAGGGACGAGAUCGAAGCUGAUGCUGCAAAAUUGUUGGCCUGUAUCGAAGAAAUAGUUGAGAAACUAGGAGAGGGACAGGAGGAAUACACAGACGUAAAAGAAGAAGUCGCAGCUUUAACAAAACAAGAAAACCAAAUAAGAUCUGAUAAAAUAGAAGUGGAUCAAAAAUUGAAAACUAUAACAAAGUCUAUUAACGAGCACAAAGCAGAAAUACAUGGUUGGAGAGCUAAACUCUCUCAUUUGCAUCUUCAAGAUAUCCCCAAUGAAAACGUAGAACCACUAAAGACUCUAACACCUGAAGAAUUAGAUUCAAUCAACAUUGAAAAUGUUAAACGAGAUCUUCACGUCAACGAAAAAGAGCUGAAGAGUGUGAAACCUAAUCUAAAUGCUAUUGAGGAAUAUUACAAAUUACAAAAUGUGUUUAUGGGUAGAACCAAAGAUCUAGACGAAGUGUCAAAGAAACAAACGGAAGUUCGAGAUAUGCUAGAGCUAGUGAGGACAAAAAGAAAAGAAGAGUUUUUAGCAGGCUAUAACUUAAUUAGGCUAAAAGUUAAAGAAAUGUACCAAAUGAUAACUCUUGGGGGUGAUGCUGACAUUGAUAUGGUAGAUAGUUUUGACCCUUUUACAGAAGGCAUUCAGUUUAACGUCAGGCCGCCAAAAAAGGCAUGGAAAAUGAUAACCAAUUUAUCAGGCGGAGAAAAAACGCUUUCAUCAUUAGCUUUAGUCUUUGCCCUGCAUUAUUAUAAACCUUCACCCUUGUAUGUUAUGGAUGAAAUCGAUGCAGCCCUCGAUUUUAAAAACGUCUCAAUUAUCGGCAAUUACAUUAAGGAACGAACGAAAAAUGCACAGUUUUUAGUAAUAAGUUUACGGCCUAAUAUGUACGAAUUGGCUCAUCAUUUAAUUGGUAUAUACAAAACUUACAAUACAACAAAAACUGUAACAAUCGAUCCCAGAAAAUCAGAAGAAGAGAUGAGGGGAAAUAACAGGGAUAAAAACGAUGAAGAACAAGAUCAAGGCCAACAAGAUGAACAAGGUGCAGAACAGAAUGAGCAAGAUGCAGAGCAGUUUGAACAAGAUACAGAACAGAAUGAACAAGAUGAAGAACGAAGUAGUUCAUCACUUUCAGUUGAAAACGCCAAUGAUAAUGAUGUUGUUAUUGACAACUCCAUGGGAGAAGAAGAACUUGAUUAGGCACCUUCAGUAAUAUCUGUUUUAAUAUAAAAAAAUCCAUUUUUCCAAUUUUUUGUAGUAUACUUAUUUUGAAAAUUAAAAGCACAAAUACAA